GAGGAGCCUCCCAUUCAAGAGAUCGUUGCGACGGGUGUUGUCCCUCGCUUUGUGGAGUUCUUGUCAAGGGAAGAUUCACCUCAAUUGCAGUUAGAGUCUGUUUGUGUUCUAACUAAUAUUUCUUCGGGAACAUCUCAAUACACUAUACUUAUAGUAGAUGAGGGUGUUAUUCCCCCUUUGGUGACUCUUCUCAGUUCUACCGAUGUUGAUAUCAGAGAACAGGCAGUAGGGGCUUUAGGGAACAUUGCCGGUGACUCCGCAGGCCACAGGGAUCUUGUUCUUCACCAUGGUGCUCUCUUGCCUUUAAUAUCUCAGCUGGAACCAGAUUCAAGAUUGUCCAUGCUGAGGCAUGCAUCGUGGUGUUUGUCUAAUGUUGUCCGUGGAAUGCCUCCAGUAGAUUUAGAACAGGUAAGAGAUGCAUUGCCCGUCCUUCAGCGACUAGUCGGCUUCAAGGAUGAAUAUGUUGUAAAACAUAUAUGUUGGACUCUCUCUUACCUUGCGGAAGGCCCAGGUGCCACUGUUCAAGCUAUUAUUGAACUAGGAGUUUGCCCAAAACUUGUGGAGCUUCUGUAUUAUCCAUCGGAUAUAGUUAUUUUACCUGCGCUUCAUACUCUGGGAAAUAUUGCUGCCGGUGAUGAUGUUCAGACACAGGUUGUAAUUGAUAACAGAGUGCUCCCGGCUCUUCACCAACUUCUUAUGAAGGACUACCAAAAAAGAAUCUUCAGAGAAAUUUGUUGGACAAUCUCAAAUAUCACGGGUGGGUCUCGAUCUCAAGUACAGGCUGUGAUUGAUGCGGACGUUAUUCCUCCUCUUGUUGAAAUUCUUUUUAAUGCGGACUUUGAGGUGAAGCGGACAGCAGCGUGGGCGGUUUGCAACAUUUCUUGUGGAGGAACUAAGGAGAAUAUCAGGUACCUGGCUGAUCAAGGUUGCAUUAAGGCACUAUGUGAACUGUUGACGAGUCCAGAAGCAAAACUUGUGUUAGGGUGUUUGCAGGCGCUGGAGAACAUUCUGAAGGUAGGAAAAGCUGACCAGGAAGAGGGACUCACUCAAGCGAAUGUUUUUGUUGAGAGGGUCCUCGAAUGUCAAGGAGUACAUCAAAAGAUUUCUUGUUUGUUGGCAAAUAGAAACCAGGAGAUCACCGCCACUGCUUGGAGGCUUUCUGAUACAAUCUGGCCUGGGAAUAAUAAUGACCAAGAUUCUGAUUAGUUUUACAUGACUUACUUUUACUUGUUUCUCUGUACUAUUCUGCGCUUACAAAGAGAACACAAGUUGUAUUACGAAUCAAACAAUUAGGAAUACAAA